AUGUCUCCUCGGCUUACGGUACAGCGUCCGUCGCCUUCGACGGUAUUAUUUACCGCCUCCAACGCGCCCGCACGCUGCACUUGGUCGUCGAAGCUCGCAUUCGGCAUCGAGGUCCUAUUACGCAUUGUGGGCUUCUUAUUGGUGUUGCUGGUCAAUUUCGCAAAAGUUCGUCACUUCAUAUCCAUCACUGAUGGAGACUGGGGUGUGUCGCCUGAAUUAUGGGCAACCAAGGUGGGAUCACUCGCCUGUCGCAUUGCGGACUACUAUACGUGGCCGAUUGUGGCUAUCGCAAGCGCAAUACUUACAUUUGCAGUGUGGAGGAAAAGAUAUACCGAGGAGUCUCUUCUAGUGAUUCGCGGUUUGGGCGUUCAGACCUCGACUUCCUCUUCCAUGUAUUGGUCUAGCGCCGCUACGAGAUUUAUCCCGACUACCCAGAUUCAAGAUAUUGUUAUACAUGAAGCUUUCAAAGGAUUUGAAGUUCGUUUCUACCUUGCGAUAAUCGUGGAAGGCGAAGGUGGAGUAGUCGUUGUUUUUCCGAAUCUCUUACCGAAACGCAUGCUCCUCGAAGAGGUCUGGCGAGGCGCUCGUCAGUGUCUCUAUGAAUCCAAAACCGUGCCUCUACCAGGAUGA